CAUUGUUUAAUUCUUCGACGACUUUUUUCAACCCUUCUCUUCUCUAUAUUGCUAAUCCUGAAAUACAAUAAUUUACCCCUUUCAACCGUUAUCUUCUUCUUUAGUCUGUCCAAUCCUUAAACAAUCUGAAAAUUUUAUUUCCUGAAAAUAUCAUCCACUAAAAAUGCCAGAAGAUGAACUAAUUAACCCAACUAGAAUUCAUAAAUCCAAAUUCGUACUAUAUUCCAACUGUUUAUGUCCGUUAUUGUCUAUUUUCCUAGAUUCGUUGAAGAUCAUCUUCUUACACAAUCCUAAACUCUUUUUCACUCUUUACAUAUUCACCACCCUCCCACUCUCUCUCCUCCUUACUUCCGCCUCCGUCUCCGCCGCCCCACGCUUCCUCAAAUCCCACAUCGCCCGCCUCGAGUGGCUCGAAGAUGUCGUCCCUAUCUGGAUGGAAGCUGCCAAUAUCCGGGACGAGUCGCGGGCGGACUCGAGCAGGCUCCUCCGCCGGAAGCUCCUUCACGGCGUCCCCGUCUUUGUACUUUCGCUAAUUGCUUUGGUCACGAUAGUGAUUUCAACUCACGUUGGACUCCGCCGGAAAAAGAAGGUGACCUUGAAGGCAGCGCUGUCUGCCGUCAAGGUCAUGUGGGCCCCACCCCUGCUUACCUGUUUAGUUAACUUCAUCGUCUGGGUGGGGUGGGGCCAUUUAGAUCCCAUCGUGAACAAAUUCGCCGUCCAUUAUCCUCCCUUGACGGCGGCACAAGUGGCGGUGGAGGUGUAUAUGAUGUCCGUGUUUGGACUCGCGCUCGUUGUAUCCGUGGUCGAAGCCCGGGCCGGUUUUGAAGCAGUGUGGGUCGGAUGGGUUUUAAUGAAGGGGAGGAGACUUUGCGGGUGGGUUUUGGCGGGCUUGAUAUUGUUGAUAUCCGGAUUUAUUGGGAAACAAAUGAUUGGUGUAAUUAACGGUGAAGAUUUGGGGAUUCAGAAUGGAGGGUAUACGUGGACGGUGGAGAUGAGGUUUGGAAGUAUGGUUGGAUUGGUGGUUUUGUUAGGGUGGUUAUUGUUGUGGAGUUAUGUAAUAUUCGCGGUAUUUUAUUUUGAUUGUAGGAAAAGAAAUGUAAUUAGAGAAGAAGAACAAUUAGAUAUUCUUGAUGAUGAUUUUGACCUUUAAUUGGUUUUCUUAAAUUUUUUUUAAUUAAUACAUUGUCGCAAAAUAGUGACGAUGGUACUUUUGCUUUAGUUAUAGCACAUGCUUUUUAGAUCUUA